GGGGGGUUGUGUGUGUGCCCUCUCAAGUUUCCUUCUCCGAAUGAGUCAGGCUAAAAUAUAACUUCCAUUUAGCAAAUAAGGGUAGCGGUAGGAGGCACAGAAAGGCCAAAUCCUUUGGCCUGCAGAGGCUUGCGUGUUUAGUUUAAAACCCAGGCAGUCUGAAAUGGCUGCUAACCGGGGAAUACAGCCACAUUUGAAGUGCAUCUUUCGCAUGUUAAUUUAAGCCCGUGCUUAAGUUAAAUUCCUGAUGGCUUAUUUCAAGAGCUUGGAGUACAUUCAUGUGCCCCCAAGCUGUACGUGGCUGCUGAGCCUCUUUAUGGCCAAACAGGAACAAUACAGGUAGAGGUUUUUCUAGUAGAGAGCUUUGUGAUGUUGUUGAACUAAUUGUGCUGGCAUAAACAGUCACCGAUUGAAGAAUUAUGCUUGUGCCAAGUACUGAAGAAAGAACAGGUUCUCAGUGCAGCUGCAAUGGGGACAGGACAAGAAGCUGGCAGGUUUUGGUGGAUGGUCUCUCUGGUUUGGUGAUGAUGGCUCUGUGAGUACAGCCCUCCUCAUGGCCAUUGCUGCUUUUUCUUUAACUAGGGGGCAUGUGAGAAAUCACCUGUGCUGCAGCGGAAACUCUGAUCAUCCUCCUGAUGUGCCCCCACAUGAGUCUGUGUCAAUCAAGGGCUUCACAACUUGCUUUGGCUCUUCCACAGCUGCCAUUUUACAUUCUUGCAUUCUCCAGUAGGCGUUUGAAACCUUGCUGAAGUGUUGGAUGAGGUGGUAAGAGGUGUAGUGACCAAAAAGCUGCCGGCCACUAUGUCAUCUGGCCAGGAAUCCGUUUUCCCUGAAUAUGAGACUGAAACCAGUCAGACGUCAAAGCUGUUAAGAAAAUUUAAAGAGACGCCAUUUGUACCAAUUGGAAUGGCUGGCUUUGCCAUGUUGGUUGGGUAUGGGCUGUACAAAUUGAAGCACAGAGGUGACAUGAAAAUAUCGCUUCACCUGAUUCACAUGCGGGUGGCAGCCCAGGGCUUCGUCGUGGGAGCGCUCACGUGUGGUGUGCUGUAUUCGAUGUUUCAGGAGCAUGUGCUGAAGCCCAAAGAGUAGCAUAAAGCUCAUUGAAAUCUCUGUCCUGGUGGUUGCCUGUGUACUGCAGCUACAAACCUCCUAUCAAGGGGUUCUUGAGGAAGAGCAAAAAACACGAUAUUAGAGAAUUGCCCUGUAUAUAUUUGGUGUACAGAACACUGUCUUGGAGCUGGCAGCCUAAAUGAUUGUGCACUGGGGUAGCGGGUGUCAGGGUCUGCUUUGAUUGACAUUAGCAUAUCCCAGUUUUUAGGGGAUAUAGUAGAGUACAAUGCCUUUAUCUUCUCCUCAACUAUCAAUACUUCCCUAAAAUUGGUGGCUUCUUUUCCUGCCGUUGCCCAAAACCACAGUCUGAACUAGCUUCUAUGAGGCAUUGGGCAGCAUGUGGAGGCGAGGCCUGUAAGUGUCGUGAAUGCUUUGCUGUCAUUUUCUAUCUUGUGUAUUUGUCAGCCUCCAACUUUGUAAUUUAGAAGCUUCUAGUAGCACUAAAUGGUUUCUAAAAUAUUGAGAGAGAUAUGAACAUCUAUUUUAUUUUUUUUUAUUUAAGGCAUAAGUACUUGGUAUGUUGCAGCUAUUUAAAUGUUAUAUUUAUUCAUUUUAAUGAGGACACAGGCUCCCUAUUUUUACUAUAGAUUUUCAGACUCUUGAAUUGCUAUAUUUUGUAACUUUAUUUACAGUGUUCUUCUGAAUAACAUUUAACUGUAACAUUUAAAAUAGAUAUUGUGGAAAUUAAACCUUUAUUUGGUGUUCUAAUGCUUUCAGCUGAAGUAUAUGAUCUAGCUCUGAUUUCUGUGGUAUCAUUAAAUUUUUAACCAUUUAAAUCUGAAAAGGCCCCAUAAUCUUUGAGGUGUUAAAACCCUUCUCUGUCAGUUGCUACUGUUAUUUUACACUUGGACCCCUUGUAUCUGCAACAGCAGUCACAAAAAAUAAAUAUGUUGAAAAAUCCAAUUUGUAAAAACCUCAUUUUCUCCUCUUAGCUUACAUUCCAUGGUGCCAGUAUGAUGUCUGUGUAGCAAAUACCACAAGGUCUGUUCUGCACCUCUGUCUGUGACAUAUUGUACACCCCAGUGGGAGAUAAAACGUGAAUAAAUAUAUGAGCGCUAGAGGUAACAA